GGCCCCUCAGUGUUGUCAGGCAAAAACUAAGACGGCAGUACGAGCAGAGAUCUGCAAUAGAUAAACACAGACAUAGAGCAGCCACCUGGAAGCAGAGAGGCUGAUACGGACAGGGAGAGAGAGGGAGGCAGCCAUUUUGGCAUUUACAAUUCUCACUGUUGUUUUUAAGUAAUUUUAUUUUAAUUUUUCAUUCAGGGGGGACAUAGCAGGGAUAUAAAAGCAGGUGUUCCCUUUAAGAGGGAAAGGAUCAGGACCAAGGACAGCAUCCUCCAUCUCCAUCCUCCAUCUCCAGCUCCUGUAUAGUUACCACAGUUUGAGAGGAAGUCCGAGUGACCAGGCCAGACUUCAACCUCAGUCCCUCCACCUACAUGGAGCUCAGCUGUUAUGGAUGGGAGAAGCCUAACCCUGUCUGAGAAACCCCUAUGAACAACAGACCCAAUGGACAUCAAAGGCCAGUCCUGGACUGAUGAGGAAUCAGAUGGGGAGAAUGAGUCGGAGCAGUUCCUCUAUGGGAUCCAGGGGAGCUGUGCUGCUGACCUCUACCGACACCCCCAACUGGAUGCAGACAUCGAGGCAGUGAAGGACAUCUAUACCGACAGUGCUGUCUCUGUCAGAGAGUAUGGAACCAUUGAUGAUGUGGACAUUGACCUUCAGAUUAAUAUCAGUUUCUUGGAUGAGGAGGUGGCAACAGCCUGGAAGGUCAUCCGAACAGAGCCCAUCAUUCUGAGACUACGGUUCUCUCUCUCCCAGUACCUAGAUGGACCGGAACCGUCAGUGGAGGUGUUCCAGCCCUCCAAUAAAGAGGGCUUCAGCCUGGGCCUGCAGCUCAAGAAGAUCCUGAGUACGUUCACGUCCCAGCAGUGGAAGCAUCUCAGUAAUGAGUUCCUGAAGGCCCAGCAGGAGAAGAGACACAGCUGGUUCAAGGCCGGGGGAACCAUCAAGAAGUUCCGCGCAGGACUCAGCAUCUUCUCUCCCAUCCCCAAGUCCCCCAGCUACCCUCUGAUCCAGGACACGGUUCUGAAGGGGAAGCUGAGUGUUCCAGAGCUGAGGGUGACCCGGCUCAUGAAUCGCUCCAUCUCCUGCACCAUGAAGAACCCCAAGGGGGAGCUGUUCAGCUAUCCCCCCAACAGCCAGACUGUGGCUGUCCCAGCGGCCAGGGCCCCAGCGCAGAUUACCACGAGGCAGCUGAUUGAAUUGUUUUUCUCAUCCCAGGCGGGCGGCCACUGCAAGAACAUCCCUACCUUGGAGUAUGGCUUCUUAGUACAGAUAAUGAAAUACUCGGAGCAGAGGAUCCCCACUCUCAAUGAGUACUGUGUGGUCUGUGACGAGCAGCACGUCUUUCAGAACGGAUCCAUGUUGAAGCCGGCUGUGUGCACUAGAGAGCUGUGUGUGUUCUCCUUCUACACUCUGGGUGUGAUGUCAGGAGCAGCAGAGGAGGUGGCCACUGGAGCAGAGGUGGUGGAUCUGCUGGUGGCUAUGUGUCGGGCUGCUCUGGAGUCUCCUCGUAAAAGCAUCAUCUUUGAACCCUACCCAUCUGUGGUCGACCCCAACGACCCCAAGACUCUGGCCUUCAACCCAAAGAAGAAGAACUAUGAGAGAUUGCAAAAAGCACUGGACAGUGUCAUGUCCAUCCGCGAGAUGACCCAGGGCUCAUAUCUGGAGAUUAAGAAACAGAUGGACAAACUGGACCCUCUGGCUCACCCUCUACUGCAGUGGAUCAUAUCCAGUAACCGAUCCCAUAUUGUCAAGCUGCCUCUGAGUAGGCAACUGAAGUUCAUGCACACAUCCCACCAGUUCUUGUUGCUCAGCAGCCCGCCUGCCAAGGAGGCACGCUUUCGCACGGCCAAGAAGCUCUACGGCAGCACCUUUGCCUUCCAUGGUUCCCAUAUAGAGAACUGGCACUCCGUUCUGAGAAAUGGACUAGUCAAUGCCUCUUAUACCAAACUGCAGCUGCAUGGUGCAGCCUAUGGAAAGGGUAUCUAUCUCAGCCCCAUCUCCAGCAUUUCCUUUGGAUACUCAGGGAUGGGUAAAGGACAGCACCGCAUGCCCACCAAAGAUGAGCUGGUGCAGCGUUACAACCGUAUGAAUAGCGUCCCACAGGUGCAGUGUCUGAUGAGCCGUCCUAUCCAGUCAAGGUUUCUCCAGAGCCGGAAUCUAAACUGCAUUGCCCUUUGUGAAGUGAUCACGUCCAAGGACCUCCAGAAGCACGGCAACAUCUGGGUGUGUCCUGUGUCCGACCACGUCUGCACGCGCUUCUUCUUCGUGUACGAGGACGGCCAGGUGGGAGAUGCCAACAUCAACACCCAGGAGCCCAAGGUGCAGAAGGAGAUAAUGCGUGUGAUCGGCACCCAGAUCUACUCCAGCUAAUGGAGGCUCCCCGGGGCCCUUGGAGGAACAGGUCUGUACUGCAGAUAGACCGACAGACAGAACUAUAGACAUAAAUACAGACAGACGUUCGGGAAACACAAACUCAGACCAGAUGAGGGAGGUUGAUGAUCUUUACGCCUCAUAGCUACAGUCCUUUUCCCUCACUUUUUAUUCCUCUGCUUUCCGUUCUCCCUGUGUCUGGCUAGCAUAUGUAACAGUUCCUACUCUGUGCUCCAGUGAGCCACACCCGUGGAUGAGAUAGAGCUGGAGAACACAGGGAUGAAUGAAGGAAACCUUAGCUGGACUGGUUUGCCACACACACACACACACACACUCUGAGCUGAAGCGCAAGCGCUCAUACACACACACACACACACACACACACACACACACACACACACACACACACACACACACACACACACACACACACACACACACACACACACACACACACACACACACACCUCCCUUUCAGCCCCUAGUCUCUCAUUUCCUCCUGAGCCACUGUCAAGUCUCAUCCACUCUCUUUUAUCAGCUGCAAAUGUGAGAAUCCUUUGGACUAUGUAUCUAUAAUCAUCAGUUCUCAUUAUGGAUACCUAGAAGAAGAACAAAGAAUCAUGUUUUGUUUAUUACGUCCCCCUGUGGGUGUUGAAUAAUGGAUCUACAUGCAUAUAGAAGGUUGUUAUUGUAUUGUGUUUGUUGUAGGCAUUAUCUCAGUGAUCCGUUUAUUUCCUAUUCUUUGACUAAUGGCAUAAAUUAACGGGCCAAGAUGCAAUUAUCUCCCGGGUCAAAGCACUGUUCUACCAUGCCUCGUCAUGUAGUGGGUCAGUUUGUCUUCAGAUAGCACAGACAGAGGGACCUGAAGCCCUCUGGUUGAGUAAAAUGAUUGUAUGUUACACAGGAGAAUCCAUCACUAGCUAAUAUUGUUACCAGUCUGUCAGGAGAGACUAGUCACAGACAGACACAGCCACAGCCUGCUCCCUCUGUAGACUAAAGGCUUUCUUGUCUUCUCCUGACGUUUCAUUUAGGGAAAUUAGACCGGAGAGUCAAAAUGAUGACACAGAGAAUACUGGUGCCCUCUAGACUGCUGAAUCUGAGAGAGCAUGAUGCAAAACCCAUAGCAACACUCUUCUUCGAGAAAUCGCACUGACAAGAGGAGCUGUUCUGCCAUGGCCAUAGACUUAUCUUUGUGACUUGCUCCAUAAAGUACAGUCCAUCCCACUCUGAGAGACUAGGGCAGUGACCCCAGGUGAAUCCAUGCCGUACAGCCCACUACCCCUCCCUACUCAGAGAUAUAACACAUGAAGAUAUUAUAUGGCCCUACCCACAGGACACUGGAUGUUGUUCAAGUGCUUUACUUACAUAUUUAUGGUUUACCUUGGGGAACGGCAACCCUGUGUAUAAUUUACUCUGUUUAUCAAUUAGUUGUAUGUAUGUGUGGGUUAUUCAUAUUUUCUGUACUAUAGUACAUUAUACUGGACAUUGCACUUAUUCAACAUUUGCUUAGCCCAGAUAAAAUGUAUGAUCUCUCUCUCUCUCUCUCUCUCUCUCUCUCUCUCUCUCUCUCUCUCUCUCUCUCUCUCUCUCUCUCUCUCUCUCUCUCUCUCUCUCUCUCUCUCUCUCUCUCUCUCUCUCUCUCUCUCUCUCUCAGACUGUCUCAAGGUCUACCUGUCUAGUGUGUAGAAAGACAGGGAACCACCGAAAGAUUUAUAUUUGGAGUAAAAGUAAACAAAAGAACUAAAAUGUCCCUUUUGGUAAAAUGUCUUCACUAGGACAUGCAUACAUAGUGGCGUGGUGUUGAACAACAACAACAAGAGUGUAUUGUACAUGUGAAUAUGGACCAGAGAAGGAGAAAUGUACUGUUGGGAGAGAAAUGGCUCUAUCUGCACAUGUCAAAUAUUGUUUGUAGAAAUGGAAAGACUGUGGGAAACACCUUACAAAGCCUUCAGUAUCCAGUGCUCCUUCUAGCUGCGGUAUGUAGGGCCCGUUGACAGCUGAUGCCUAUUGUCCCCCCCCCCCCCCAUAAAGAGUGACUGUAUUCAGAUCCCUAUCUGUUCUUGUCCUUCUCUGUCAGUGGUGUGUUCAUGAUGGUGACGACGAUGGAAAGAUAUGAUGAAAGGAAUGAAUAAAGAUUUUGCACAAUUUUAAUAA